AUGGCCGCCGACGAGACCCCCAGGGACCCGGAUCCCGCAGGCGACAAGAUCCCACCCACUGUUCAAAAAGAAGAAGAAGAAGAGAAGGCAAACCCAACUGAGGACAACAAAGGUUCUAUGCUGCCUCGAUUCAUCUACGACACCUCUUCAGUUACGGAGCGCCUGAUGCAACGAGCUGAUGCCGACGCCAACGAGGACUCAGCGCACGAUGGAGAAACCAGCGAAGGGGUUCAUCCUAACAACACCAAAGCCAAGGACAGCGACCACGAAGAAUCCAAUGCGAACGUCGAAAGGAACAACUACAACUACGCCAGCAACAAAGACAGGCCUUUGAAUGGCAUUGAUGUAAAGGUCUUCGAAGGGUCUGGAGAAGCUACGGUCAAGCUAUGA